CCCCAACAGGCAUUAGCGGUCGAUGCGGCGUCUACUCUUUAUAUAUGUCUAUGGUGACAACCCCCAACAAGCAGUUGCGGUCGAUGCGGCGUCUACUCUUUAUGUCUAUGGACAACACGCCCAAACCCCAAUAACAGAAAAGCUUACUGGAGUAAGAAGCUGAAGUGAUCGCGGGAUUUGUCUCUUGUCUCGCGACAGCCUCUUCGUAACCACGGAAACACCACUGAGCGUAAAAUGGCUCCGGGAGCGUCCAACGCUGAGAUGUAGGAAAACGACAGAAAACAGAUAGCGUUAAGUCAGAGCGCCUUUUAAAAACGUGGUCAGUGUUUCUGAAUAUGAACGCGUUUCCUUUAUAGCAGGUUAACUAUCAUGUUUACUGACGAAGUCUUGGACUCAGUGAGCGUCCAGUCACUGUGGAGGAAGUCUCAGCAGGCGGCGCAGGAGUCGAAAGGCUGUCAGACCAGAGCAGUGCACAGUGCUGAGGCAGUGGUGCAGACUGUGUGCAAAACCAUUAGUUCUACUCAGACUGAGCCACAGGACCAGGAGACAGAGCAGCUUCUGCUUCUCCUACAGAACCGUGAUGAGCCAGAGCCACCCGGCCCGAGGGGCUUCCUGCAGCGCGUUGAGGAUAUGGUUAUCAGAGAGUUGGUGAAUAAUGCCAAAAGUCAUGCUUUUGAUGGGUUGCUGGUGAACUGGGAAAACUACAGUCAGCAGGUUUCCUGCCUGCAUUGUCUUCAACAUCCAAGGGCCCAAGAAAAAGGAUUUCAUGUUACCAGUGUGUCCUGGAGUUGUACAGGUUCAGUUAUUGCCUGUGCCUAUGGUCGGAUUGACGAUGGUGACUGGAGCACUGAGAGGUCAUAUGUUUGCACAUGGAACUUGAACCGUCGAGGUCUGCACAGCAAACAAGCUGACCUGGUCAUAGAUGUUUCUGCUGCAGUCACAGCCCUGUGCUGUCACCCCAAACAGCCAGCCCUCAUUGCAGGGGGUCUGUACAGUGGAGAGGUGGUAGUUUGGGACACCAGUCGGACUCACGACCCUAUCCUGGCUCAAACUGGAAUGUCUGCAGACAGUCACAGAGAGCCUGUUUAUAAGGUUGCUUGGGUGCCCCUGCAGAAGAAAGGAGAGUUUGGAGUGUUGAGUGCUAGCUCAGGAGGAAGGGUGCUGCUGUGGAUGGUGGACUCAGAUCAGGGCAGAUUUGUCCUGAAUGCUGCAUAUGCCAUAGUGCGCCAGCAAGUUCCCCACAGCAGCAGUGCCAGCUUAAAGGCCUGCGGCAGGAGCACUGUGGGUGUUACCUCCCUGGCUCUGUCUCCUUGGGACGCCGACACCUUCUUAGUGGGUUCUGAGGGCGGCCUGCUGCUUAGAUGCUCCUUCUCCUCCCAGACACCAGCUGCAGUGCCCUCAGAGGGCCAGAGUGUGAUGCUGAGAGCCCCAGCAGUCUUCUCAUUCAGGCCUCACAGUGGCCCCAUCCACUCCAUACACUGCUCCCCAUUCCACAGGAAUCUGUUUGUGAGUGCAGGGACUGAUGGUCAGGUCCACCUCCACUCUUUGCUGCAGCCCAACCCACUGGUCUCUCUCAGGAUUUCGAACUCCUACGUGUUUCAGGUGCAGUGGUCUCCGACUAGACCACUGGUUUUUGCUGCAGCCAACGGACAAGGUGAGGUGCAGAUUUUUGACCUGGGCCGCAGGUCUCCGAGAGCAGCAGCCACCAUUGGUCAGGGAGAUGCAGGUCAAGCUGCAACUUGUUUUGACUUCAACUGUCAGAAUCCUCACCUCGUAGCAGUGGGGAAAACAGAUGGGACAGUCGGUAUUUGGCAGCUGAGCACUGAUUUGACAGAGCAGAGCUCCAGAGAGAACAGCCAGCUGGAGCAGAUUGCCAAUCAAGUGGCAGAAUGAGACAUUACUUGGGACAGAUGAAACUGCUGCAAAGGACUGACUGAGCCUUGUCAGACAAGUGUGUUUAUAGUGAUUGCAAAUGUGAAAGUGAAAUAAAUACAGAGCAGAGGUUUCCAGUUCUAA